AUAGUUGAUGUUUGUGCAUUGUAUCGAGUAUCGACUUGCCGGCUGCCGCCCUUGAAAACGUUGAUUAAUUGUAAUUGAAAUUUAAAAAUUACAGACUCUGAUUUUGAAUAAACAUUUUAAUGGUAAUUAUGGAAGACAUAACUUAUUCUAGAAGUGGGACAAAACAUUUUGACAUAAGUAUUUCUGAUACAUUAGCAGACUUUGAAAGAUUGCGUAUAUCGGCAUUAACAAAUGCUGCUGAGAUCAGCCCACUCGUCAAAGAAGUCACGAUAGGACCUAGAAGCCCUGUGAAAAAACAAAAAUCAAAAUCAAAUCCUAACACACCAGUACGUAAUGAAGAAGAAACAGUUGAUCUAAUAGACAAUAAAAUAAGUGACGAUUUACGGCACACACUAAUACUAAAAGAUUAUGAGUCUAGACUACAGGAAAUUACUGAAGAAUGCUUUAAAAAUUUAGUGGACAAAAUGGUUGCAUCCUAUGCAUAUUGGAAGAAACAAAGUGACGAGUGUAAACAACAAUCUUUAGAUCUCAGAGCUAGAAAACUGCAAAUAGCCAAACAACUACAGGAGAAUGACAAUGCAACAGUACUGGAGAAGACUAAACUGUACGAGCAGAAGUAUCAGGUUAACCAUGACACAAUAGAGAACAUGAACAAAAUACUUGAGGAACAAAACAUAUCUACAACUAGAUUUGCAUCUAUCAUGGACAGUCAAACUAAAAUAUGCAUAUGUCAUAAUGAAAUAAACAAUCUUGUGCAAUCAGAACCUUUAAUUAAUGAAAUCUUAGACAAAUAUGUUACAGACAUAAAUACAAUAAUGAGUAAUAUUAAUCUCAUCAUGGACUGUUGUAAAACUGGUUCCAUUACUGACAAUUUAGUGAGACAGGCAGAGUUGCUGUCAAUCAAAAUGGAACACAUUAAAAGUAGAAUUACUGAAGAUUUAAAUGACACAAAGCACCAGGAAAUUUUAAGGAUGCAGAGGGAAGUAGAGGAUGCUAAGCAAAGAGAGUUAAAAGCAAAACAAGUACAAGAAGAAACAGCUGCUGAACAUUUACGAACCCAACAAGCUCUUGCUGAACAAGCUAAAAAAGCACAGUCCAUGUUCUACUCCGCCAAAAACUAUGCAUAUUAUAAACAACUUCAAAAUUUCCUAGAUAGUUAUGAGAGGAGUUAUAUAGAUCUCAUGGAGAAUAUAAACUUGAAAAAGUUUAGAUUUGACUGUCAGAAAGCUGUAAAUACUCCUGUAAAUGCUAUAUCCUCUGUCAGUGGCGCCCAUAUGAAGGAUAAGUAUGAUAAAUUGGCAAAACUUCUUAGAGGUGAACAAGUGAAAGUAUUGGACACAUAUGUCACGGCUACACAGCAUCCACAGGGCCUCAAUUACUGUACAGCUUUGCUAGCAAAAAAAAUUGUAAGACAAGGAGAUCUGUUAGUCUCCAGUAAUGCUGAAGCUGCAUUCCCCCUUGCUGCUGUAACUGUUGCGUUAUGUUCUCAGUUUCCAGACUUUGGCAAACUACUUGAAGCCUAUUUCCAUAGAUUCUGUCCAUAUUUAGUACCAAUGAUGCUUCCUCAAAAAGAAGGCCAAACUGACAAGGAGUUCUACCUGUCUAGAGGUUACACUUACAGUGAAGAGGAUGAUGUGGAAAAACAAGACAAGUUUUUAAAACGAAUGUCUGGUAUAUUCAGGUUGCACUGUGCCAUUUGGAUAACAAAGACACCAAGAUUUAUAAAUGCUUCAAACCCUUAUGGAUUUUGUUAUGCAUGGCAGUGGUUAGCUUCUUUUAUUAAUUUAAAAGCUGAACCAGACAUAAGUGCUACAUUGAUACAUGAUUUUUUUACUGUAUGUGGUUCAGAAUUCUUGAAAAAUUAUAAAAAGCAGGGCAUUAAAAUAAUUCAGGUAUUAGCUACAGACUAUCUAAAAAUAUUGCAAAAUAUUGAUGAAGGUGGUCCAAAAUCGAGAUUUGAAGUUUUUCUGCAAAAUGUUAUUAAGACAGGUCAUAUUCCUCCACCAAACGGUUUAUUGUCACCAAAUACUUGGUAGAUUGACAUGUUAAUUUUAUACAACUUAUUAAGUGUAUAUGUAUUAAGGAUAAUAUUUUAAGAAAAAAAAUUAAUGAAAUAAAAAUAAUGCUGAUUGCA